GCGGAGGCUGGGAUCGCAGGCUUGUGCGCCUGAGCGCGGCCGCCGGAUGGCGGAGGCCGCGGCGGCUCCUGGGGCCCGGAAGCGCCGCCACCACGGGCCCCGCGCUGAGCCUGGCGCCCUGUCCCGACGCCGCGCGCACUGUCGCGAUCCGGCGGCGGGUGACGUGGCGGGGGCGGGGCCUGAGCAGCCGCGGCGGCCGUGGCGGCAGCGCGACUCAGCAUCCUGGCGGCGCCUGACCCCGCGAGAGAUUAAAUGGCCAAGACAGACAACUGGAAUUAGGCCUCGCUGUGGAAGACAUCAUUUUUCUUCUGUCCUGACUAUUUAUGAUGAGGUGGCUUAUGAAAGUGUGAUGUUUUCUUAUUUCCUCACAGGCAGGAGCUUGGAAGAUGGGAUGGAAACUUGUUAGAAAGCUGCAUUGUGUCCUUAUGAGUGACAUUUAGCACUAGUGUUUUGAAACAGGAACUUCUGGGGUGCACUGAAUGAUUUAAUGGAAAUUGUCUCUGUUGUGAGACUUGAGGAGCCAAAGCAGAGUUUUUCCCGGUUGGAAAGCUGUCUCCCACGGAUGAUCUGCCCCUAUCUCCUGCAUGGAGGCCACAGUAAACACAAGUGUGAAGGAAACAUUUGCCACAGAAGCCAGGGAGCUGGAGAGCCCAAGGCCCACCUACCAUCUAAUUCCUGAGGCUAGCCAGCCUAUGGAGGAAGAAGACGUCAGCAUGCAACCUCAGGGGACUGCAGAAACUAUGCAGCUAAAGAAGGAGAUCUCUCUGCUGAACGGGGUCAGCCUGGUGGUGGGCAACAUGAUCGGCUCAGGAAUCUUUGUCUCGCCCAAGGGUGUGCUGGUAUACACUGCCUCCUAUGGAUUGUCGCUGGUCAUAUGGGCCAUUGGUGGACUCUUCUCCGUUGUGGGUGCCCUUUGCUAUGCGGAGCUGGGGACCACCAUCACCAAGUCUGGGGCCAGCUAUGCUUAUAUUCUAGAGGCCUUUGGGGGCUUCAUUGCCUUCAUCCGCCUCUGGGCCUCCCUUCUAAUUGUUGAGCCCACCAGUCAGGCCAUCAUCGCCAUCACCUUUGCCAACUACAUCAUCCAGCCCUCCUUCCCCACCUGUGAUCCCCCGUACCUGGCCUGCCGUCUCCUUGCUGCUGCUUGCAUAUGUCUGCUGACAUUUGUCAACUGUGCCUAUGUCAAGUGGGGUACACGUGUGCAAGACACGUUCACUUACGCCAAGGUCCUAGCGCUCAUUGCCAUCAUUGUCAUGGGCCUUGUUAAAUUGUGCCAGGGACACUCUGAGCACUUUCAGGAUGCCUUUGAGGGUUCCUCCUGGGACAUGGGAGACCUCUCUCUCGCCCUCUACUCUGCCCUCUUCUCUUACUCAGGUUGGGACACCCUUAAUUUUGUAACAGAAGAAAUCAAAAACCCAGAAAGAAAUUUGCCCCUGGCCAUUGGGAUUUCUAUGCCAAUUGUGACGCUUAUCUACAUCCUGACCAAUGUGGCCUAUUACACAGUGCUGAGCAUUUCAGACGUCCUUGGCAGUGAUGCUGUGGCUGUGACAUUUGCUGACCAGACAUUUGGCAUGUUCAGCUGGACCAUUCCCAUUGCUGUUGCCCUGUCCUGCUUUGGGGGCCUCAAUGCGUCCAUCUUUGCUUCAUCAAGGUUGUUCUUCGUGGGCUCCCGUGAGGGUCACCUCCCAGACCUUCUGUCCAUGAUCCACACCGAGCGUUUUACACCCAUCCCUGCUUUACUGUUCAAUUGCACCAUGACACUUGUCUACCUCACUGUGGAGGAUGUUUUCCUGCUCAUCAACUACUUCAGCUUCAGCUACUGGUUCUUCGUGGGCCUGUCUGUUGCUGGACAGCUCUACCUUCGCUGGAGGGAGCCCAAGUGGCCCCGGCCGCUUAAGCUGAGCCUGUUUUUUCCCAUCGUGUUCUGCAUGUGCUCCUUGUUUCUGGUGAUUGUGCCCCUCUUCAGUGACACCAUCAAUUCCCUCAUUGGCAUCGGGAUCGCUCUCUCUGGGGUCCCUGUCUACUUCCUGGGUGUUUACCUGCCAGAGUCUCGGAGGCCUCUCUUUAUUCGGAAUGUCCUGGCUGCUAUCACCAAAGUCACCCAGAAACUCUGCUUUUGCGUCCUGACAGAGCUAGAUGUAGCUGAAGAGAUAAAGGUUGAGAGGAAAACUGACUAGAGGCAGAGGUGAUACCUGCCGAGGCCUGAAUAUUGGCUGGCUGUGGCUAUGGCCACCGAAGUCCGGAUGACGAGACUGUGCGCCCAACCUCUUGUACUAAACGAACCUGUUGGUCGGUAUUAUGUAAGGGGCUCAGGGCUGAGGCCUGCUCAGGUGGUCACUGUCAUUGAUAAGCCCUGGGAGGAGACUCAUGGUCUGGGGCCUGCCUAAAGAUGGAGACCUCAGAGGGUGGGGAGGGCUUGGGGAGCAUGGGAAUGAUCGUUUUGUACCUGGUAGGUGCAGCCCUUACAGACACUCACUUUGUGAGCUGCACUGGGCUAAGAGGGAGUGGUAGGGUAAUAGCUGUGGCUGGUGGUUUCUGAAUUGGAUAUUUGUGGUUUGAAUCAGGAGUCUCCACAAAGGGGCUACUUUAUGGGAAGUUUUCCUCGGUCUGGUUCUAAGUACCUGACUUCAUACACCUGAAAUGCUACCAUUUCUUCCUGAUUCAAAAUCCUUCCCUGGGAAGGCAGUUGUAUUCAAUAAUUUAUCGAUAUUAUUUCAUCCAGAACACCAUUCUUAGGAGAGCAUUGGUGUUCAUUCAUCUACAGGAUGCAAUAGGCAGAUUGUGUUUCAAAUUCAAAACAAAGGACGCAAUACUGAGUCCCUCUGCCUUUAAAGGUAUCUCUGUGCGGCUGUGAGUCAGACUCUGACCACAAAUUUUUUUCAUCAGUUUAGCACAAUCUUCUAUUGAGUCUUACCUGCAAAGGUGAACUUUAAAGAUUUUUUUUUAACUCAUAUACUGGUUAUACUUUAGUAGACAGGUCACAUGUUAUAAGCUCCUAGCUCAAGUUUAGCAAGAACAAAUGAACAAUCAAUUCAUGAGCCAGAAGUUUGGUAAUACUGUUAUUUUGAAGGAUAAUCCUUUAUUUUACUUGAGUCCUUAGGUCUUUGUUCUAGUUGAUAAAGUAAAUCUCUGGAUUGCUGGUAUGAACUUUAAGAGGACAGAGAACUAUUUGAGAAUUCAGGUAGAUCACCUGAAUUCUUUCAGCUUUCAGUGACUUUGAGGCCAUCUCAUGGACCCAAGCCACCAAAUAGCAUGUUAUGUUUCUCUCUCUCUCUAAGGGCCAGUGUGAGGGAUUGCUGUGCAGACUCACCCAAGCCCACGUUGGUGCUAUAAGUGGUCAUUUCCUUUUUCUGACAACCUCAUACCAAGCUGCAUCCUCCUCUUCUGUCCCUGACGCCAGGCUGUUUACGCUUUGAGCUGCCUUGGUGUGGAUCAUCAAGAUAGUGCACUCCUCUCAUGCCUGCCUCCCCUUGCCCGAGGUCUGGGGGGGCUAGUCUCAGGAAGAGCUUGGUACUUGUGGGGACUUCUAUUUUCUCCCUGUCAAUGGAGACUCUGGGAAAAAAACUGUUUCAACCUCAAUCUGGCUCCUCAGCAGACCGCGUGAUUAGAAGCAACUAAUUCUGGUGCUCAGGCUUCCCUUUAGCACCCAGGUCAGGCCGGAACAGUAGGUUUGGCCUAACGGAUGUUCCUUCAUGGGCAACAUGGCUGCAAUGGAUUGUACAACUGUCCUGAGAUAUCUCCAGACACUGUCAUCCUGGGCCCAGAAGAACGUGAUGACUUGGCAUGCCUCAUGGGCUUCUUGUCUUAGGUCUUAGAAUUGGUCAACGGUAAGACAAAAACUAUGAGGCAAUCUCCCUUUCUGACGAAGUUCUCCUCCAUCAACCUUGGUCAGGUGUACUCAACAAUUUAGGACAGCAUGAUCACAGUUCUUUUGGUUCAGGGUAUGCACCUGUGAGAACAUGGGGUGCCAUUCCUCCUGUCACGGGUUGGGGAUUUGCACAGCAAAUUCCUGUCUGACAACAGGGAGUCUUACGCAAAGGCUGACUUGCCUAGACUAUGUAACAUAAGUCCUGUCUGAGCCAAGCUGGCGCCUAUCCCAGGGAGCCUCUGGAGCUAAUCCUUUAAGCAGAGCAUGCUUGUCUAGGAUCCUUGACCCAGGCUUCAGCUUUCUCUACUGAAGUAAAUGACCAGUUAAUCCCAGGGACUUGCUGCCCCCCAGUGGCUCCUGGGGGAAGCAAGGGCCUCUCACUCCAGGUACCCUAGUACGUUGAAUGAGCCAUGUCAUCCUCCUCUCAUUACUGGAUGGUGACUGCAUUCUUCCCCUCUGAAUAGACUUCUCCCAGGAACCCUUCUUGGGAGGGAAGCCAGGGACUCCCUACAGCACUCAAGCUUCAUGGUGAAAUUAAUUUCUGCAGUCUUUUUUUGUUUCCUUCAAUCUUCCUGGUGUGUUAAUCCCUUUUACAGUGGGUACAGUUUGUGAUGUUGUCAGUCUUUUAAUAUUGGCAAACCUUAAUGAGUACAUAAAUAGCAGUGAAUGCACUGUAAUGGCAGAGUGGUUUUUAAUCUUUUGCUUCUAUACCUACAGGAGACUAAGAUGACUUGCAGUAUUUAUAGGACACCUAAGUUCCUUCCUGUUACUCGUGACACUGAAUUGUGCCUUUGUGUAUAGUUAGGAGGGAAACUGUCUUUUGGUUUUAUAGCCAUAGUUGUAGAGGCUGAGUACACAUCGAUUUAAUCACUUUGUCAGGCUUAAUAACUCCUAUCUUCCUAUGUAGAUAGGAAGUAUUGUAGAUACAGACUUACAAAAUGGACAAAAGUGAAAGAAUGAAGAGGCAGGAUGGGAGAGUAAAGAUGCUUAUGAAACCUUAAAAGAGGUGGGAAGACAUAUCCCUGUGUAAUUCACCUUUCCAUGUAACAGUGAAUCUGUGCCAAAGGGCAAGAGGGCACUUCUUGAAUUGAUGGUUCUAUGUAUUAUUCCCUAGACCUGAGCUGUCCAGUACAGUAGACACAUGCAGCUAGUUAUGUUAAAAUUAAAUAAAAAUUGCAAUUUCUCAGUUGCACUACUCAUAUUUCAUAAGUGAGCAGUCAUUACCUGUGGCAGCUAGUGGCUAUUCCUUCACAGUGCAGAUAGAGAACAUAUACCUCUACUGGACAUUACAUUAGAGGAAUAAAUGCCAACUCAGAGUUAAGGCAUCUGUGGUUUGGAGAGGAGUAGGGUCAGAGUUUGCUUACAAGAGCUAAAUGUUCUGGCAACGAAACUGGUCCUAUUGAUAGAAUUUGUUUUUGGUUGACUGUUGUGAAUAGUUAACACUUCUCAGUGGAAAGCUAAAUUCAGCAUGUGAUUUCCAUUUCCAUUUGCCUUAAGUCCUCAGUCUAAGGUCAAUUCUUAAACUUGUCUCACUAACCCCCCCAGUUUUUGGUGGAAGUCAGGGAGGGAAGAGAGUACAGUGGGGAAAUACCUAAGACUUUCAGAUUUAAAAGGUUUUAAAGGAAUUACUGACACCCAUUUAAAGUUAGUUUUUACUAAACACAGAGUAUCACAGUCAUACAAACCCCGUUCCUUGGCACCACUACCAAAGGAAGAGCAGUCUUUACAAUCACUGUCAGAGUCAGGACAAAGGGAAGGAGAGACAGCUGUUAAACCUUCCACAACUCAGGCAGAUUCUUCUUCAUUCCCUAAUAGCCAUUACUAUCCAGUCUGUGCUGCUACCAGGGAAGCACUACAGCCCUUCUAGAUUCCUUCUAUCAAAAAAAACAGGCUUUUACUGAAGCCAGGUGGCCUGGUGGUAUGGGCAAGCUGCAUCUUAGGGCUGAGGAAAUGGAAGCCUCUCCUCCACCUCCUGGCUUCAGUGUAGAAUGGGGAAAUGCCUGGGCCAAGCAGCUUCAUUUUUAGGGCAUUUUAGGGCAGCUUCAUUUUAGACCCAGACUGUAGGGUCAUUUUUGAUUGAGGCAAAGGGGCCCUACUCUUGAUGGAAAAGACAUUCCUUUAGUACAGGUUUUCACUGGUAGGACAAUGCUGCUGGACAUGCUUUCCCUUCUAUGUGUUAAGCUAGGAAACCCAAGAGGAUGUUACUGGGGUGCUGAUACUGCAGUUACAGAACCCACAGGGAUAUCACAGGAUCAAUCGGAAUCCAGGUCAUGGGGGCUGUCAUAGCCAAACUCCUUCUGCACGUCCAAAGGGUAUUUGCUCCAUGUACGUGGUUUACUAUUGCCUCUUUCCUCUUCACUGAGGCUGCUGUAUUCAUCCGAGCCUAGAAUGAGACAACAGGAAUGGGUGACCAUAAGAGCCCUUUCCCAUCUCAAAAAGGUCUUUUUUUUGUUCCUCAUUAUAAAAGUACUUGCUCAGUAAAGAGAAUUUAGAACUUUUUUUUUUUUUUAAAGAACAAUCAUAUUGCUACCAUUUAAACCAAGUCCCUUAAUACUUGGGAUGUUUUGUCAUCUCUCCCCUAAGUAUAGGAUUUUGUGGUUGUAAUAGUUGUAGUCAUAUUGCAAAUAUAACUUCGUACCUGGCCCCUUUCAAAAGAUUAUAGGUACCUCUUCAGAUCAUUCUAUUGUUUAAUUGUUCCUCUGUUAACAGACACCAAGAAAUUCUUUGUGUUGGCACUUAGAACAUAAAAUCACUGAAGGAACUGGGUCACCAAAGUAUCCUUCCUACCUCUUCCGCCCAGGUUCCAUCUUCCUGAGAGGUUACAUAACUGAUCUGUGAAACCUCUGGGCCUUCUCCUUCUACCCAACCUCUCCAGUACUGUCUUGACUGAAGCAGGCAAAGGGACAAUGAGCUAGAAGUUACACUUAGCCCCAACUACUAAAGCUGAUGCAAUAUUCUCAUUUUCUGGAGAUAAAAAGAGGCUUACUGAGUUGAAAUAACUAGUCCAAGACCUAAUUUAAGGAUUUGAAUGCAGGCUUCACUGAUAUUACACCCUCAGCAGUCCCCCUGGAAACACUGGACCUUGGGCCUCUUUCAGCUCUAACAGCUCACGGGUGACUUGCUGGAGCUCAAUGGCAAAGUAAAGCCAGUUAAGAUGUACUUGUCAAUUGUGCUCAUACCUCAGUUUUGGAUCCCACCAGUCCUUCCCCAUCCAAGGUUGGCACCCACCUACCUCUGCAAACUUCUUCUCCAUCACUGUUCUCCUCCUCUGGGUAUUCAUUGCGCCAAUUAUUUUCACUGUUCUCAUCAUCUUCAUCUUCAUAAAUGUCCUCUGGUUCUUGGUCAUCAUUCACCUGCACAUCUCAACACAAACAUGAGUAUAGUCAACACUCUAAGGUUAUGCUCUGGGGGAAGUUACUAGCAGACCAACUUGGAGAGAUGUCACUUAAGGGUGCUGUGUGAAAAAAAGGCAGAGUAGGAGGCAGUUUGACUGGUGCACAAGAGGCUCUAGUAACCUUAGGCUAUGAGGAGAUAGCAGCUCUACUCUGCUCAGAGUCCAGCUCCAAGCACCAUAUUCCUAGUGGGACAGACUGAACUACCCACAAGGGAACAUAUGAGGGUAGAGAGAAGCGACAACUCUGAGCAAGUGGUGGCAGUGAUCUUCAAACUCCCAAAGGGCAGCCAUGUGGGAGAGGGGUUACAUGGAUUAUGGGUAAUGCCAAAGAUGAGAACCAAAACUUAAGUGAGGUGUAUAGAAAGGCCAGAAAAGGGGCUAUGCAGUGGAUCAAAGUGGAUGUCUGACUGUGAGACUAUGGCUAUAGUGCAGGUGUGGAAUAAGGUGCUUCUCUCAUAAAAAAUAUCACAGGUACCACCUUAACUCUUCUCAUUAAUCAUUUUAGAAGUCACUUUAAGAGUAAUGUCAGAUGUUAGCUUUCUUAAUCCAAGGUUUCCCCCUUUUAAGAUACAAUAAAAAAAAAAAGCUUUUGUUCUCAUA